AUGGACAUGACGCGCAGCACGAACAGCCAGCGACCAGCAAAUGCGCGACCAGACGCCCCCACAGCUGCGCGACAUCAUGCGACCACAGAUGCUAUACCUAUCAUUCCAUUGCGGCGCAGGAAGACGCAGCUCGCAUGCAACGAGUGCCGGCGACGACAGGUGAAGUGCGAACAGUUACCCCCGGGAUCGCCGUGUAGCCGCUGCAAGAAGCGGGGUAUCAAAUGUGAAUACUUAUCAAGUGCUGCCCGCUCAGCCCCACCUGGAGACGCACCUGGAGACGAUGGUCGACCCUCACAGACGAUACGCGCCGACCAAGGUGCAAGUGAGGACAUGCCGUACAGCCCAUCUAGCCCUACUGUCCCAUCACAUCCAGGUAGCCGGCAGCAUUGGGAUACGACUGGGCCGGAAUGGACGAGGAAUACGGAACCACUCCUGACCAACGCUCCUCAAUAUGGAACGUCGUACUACACACCGGCUCCGCACAGUCCGGUUCCAUAUGGUUAUGAAUUCUCGGCGCCGGCGGGCCCGUAUGAACCUCCCGAUGCGUACGGCCACCAUGCAGUGCAUCCCGUAGCGAGUGCCGGAGGACCAUAUGUCGUGGCGCAAGGCGGAGUCUCCCCUCACGCGAUUACUCACCAACCCAAUUCUGUCGGGUAUCCUCAUUCUCCCUAUGUUUCCCAGAGCCAGGCGUACCACGUAGACAUCAGCAGGAGCCAUAACAGUAGACCUUCUUAUACGCCACCCUCGCCCGGCAACUAUUCCGUUACCUCUUCUCCCUCCCCUCCCUUCGGGUCGCCAGCGACCGAUGAUGCGCCCACUGCGCAGGCUCCGCCGGGUGUCCUGCAGAGCCCCAUUUCCGCUGCUUCCUCCGUCCACUUCGGCCCCUCGUAUUCACAGGCGAAUUUUCAACCGCCUACUCCCAGCUUUCAGACGUGGCGCGGCGCACAAGAGCAUUCGUUCGAGACGCAUCACAGUGCGUCUUCAGGGGACCAUGCUCGAGAGUUGGACGGUCAUUACAAUCUACGGCCGACACAUAUUUGUCUCGCCUCGUCCUCUGCCACGCCGCAUGCGGUGUCCUCUCCAAAUCCAAACAUCCCGAUGUCAAUUCCCACCGGCUCCGUAUACCAUCAUUACCCUUCGACCAACGAGAUGCGCGUAGAUGAGACGAAUACCCACUUCUCAGAUGUACGAGAGGGCCAUCGACAAGGCAUGGAUUACCAAAACCAGGAGGAGCAUACAAAUGUCGCGGGUCACCCCCGCUCAUUCUUCCCUGCCUACGCCAAUGCAGGCGCCGGAGAUUGGCCGCCGACUUUCCCUAGCAGCUACUCCAACCACCCGUUGCCGCAGUCCAACGCCCACAUAUACCCCGCUUGUAUGGACCAACAGGGAUUGUCGACCCUCUACGAUAGCUGGACGCAUCAGAUGGUUCCCGGCGUUGCCCAAUCCGACCAGGAGCAACGUUCCUUGCCGUAUGCGGGAACGUAUGCUCCCCAACGGACGUAG